AUGAGGAGCGCACUAGGAUCCGCCAUUGCGGCGACAGCGACGGCGGCAGCCUUGAUCUUCGACGCAGCGUCGGCCCAAACGUGGAGCAAAUGCAAUCCCAUCAACGCGCAGUGCCCUGCCGACACGGCUCUCGGAAUGACCGUCAACGUCGACUUCCGCAACGGCGGCGUCAACUCCUUCUUCGCCACCGGGACACCUUCGUACCAUGCCGGCGGCGUCAACUUCACCGUCACGAGCAGCGGAGAUGCGCCCCAGCUCAACUCGCUCUUCUACAUCAUGUUCGGCCGCGUCGACAUCACCAUGACGGCGGCCCACGGGGCGGGCAUCGUUUCGUCGCUCGUGCUCGAGUCCGAUACCCUGGACGAGAUCGACAUCGAGUGGUUGGGCGCCAACCCGGACGAGAUCCAAUCCAACUACUUUGGCAAGGGCCGGACGACGACGUACAAUCGCGGCCAGUUCCACUCCGUCAAGGGGACCCAGGAUCGGCUGAUCAAGUACACCGUCGACUGGACCAAGGACCGCAUCGUCUGGAUAGCCGACGGUCAGGCCGUGCGGACCCUCGCCAAGGAGGACGCCGAAGCCGAUCAGUACCCGCAGACCCCCAUGAAGGUCAAGUUCGGCUCCUGGGCCGGCGGUGAUGUCAACCGCAACCCCCAGGGCACCGUCGACUGGGCCCGCGGGCCGACCGACUACUCCAGGGGACCGUUCCACAUGCUCGUCCAGAGCGUCGUCGUCACCGACUACUCGACCGGAAAGGAGUACCGGUACAAGGACCAGACGGGCAAGUGGGAAGCCAUCGAGGCCGUCGGCGGAAGCGUCAACAGCAAUGUCGACGGCAAAAACGCCCUGACCAUCACCGCCGUCGCAUCCGCCCGUCCCGCUGCCACGGCGGGCUUCUUGCCUGUGCCCGUCGGCGGCAUCGGGAGAGACGAAAGCGCCGCAACCAGGACGCAGACGGGUUGGCCCUGGGUGGGCGGUGCCAAUCCCACGGGGGGCACCAUUCCCAGCGGAUGGUACAUGAGGUCCGACGGCAAGAUUUCGCGCAGCAGCGCCGGGCCCUCGAUGCUUCAGUCGUUGUCCGUACUCACCGCGACGCUUCUUCCCCUGGCAGCCGGCGUCUUGACCUUCCUUCACAGAUCCUAG